CCACUUCAUGCUGCUCUCAUCCGACUUUGUCCAGCUGUGAAGCUGAACAAUGGAGAAACCCUGCAGCAAUGCUAGCAUAUACAGCAACUACAGCCAAAUUUUGGAUUGUCUCAUCUCGUUGAAUCAACUGGAGCGUAACCUGAAAGAGGAAUUGUUCCUUCAGCACAUCGAGACUGUGCUGACGUAUGUCAUCAUCUCCAUCGGACUUCCUCUGACGCUUGUAGCCAUCUACGGUGUUCUCUCUCUGGUGAGGACUGAUAAUGAGGCUCCGAUUUACAUCGUCAACCUUCUCGUCUCUGACCUGAUCCAGUUCUGCUGCAUGAUCGCGUCAGUGGUGGCCAAAGAAAAGACUUAUGAAGAUGUUCAUCUGUACAGUCUGAUUGUCAGCUGUGGGUUCAUGCUGUGUAUCUCUGUGAAAAGGUAUUUGGUCAUCGCCUGGCCGCUGUGGUACCACUUCAGACGAUCCGUCAAGACGUCUGUAGUUGCCUGUGUCGUCGUCUGGACUCUCCCUCUUCUCUUUUUCGCCUUGAUCUUUUUCAUUAGCCUUCCUACGUUGAGGAAAAUCAUGGCCGUCCUCAUUUUCCUUCUGUUGCCUGUGCAAAUAUUCACGCUGGUCGGGACUCAGAGGGCUCUGUCCGCAGCCAGCCGUGUCCCCACUGAUGAAAAAAGACGAAUUAUGGCACUUCUGAUUUUGGUGCUGCUCACGUACAUACUGCUCCUCCUGCCCAUUGCUCCACAAUUAAUAAUUGGAGAACUCAGCCAUUUGUCUUCUUUUGUGUGCAAAAGUCUUAUCAAGCUAAAUCCAAUCGCUGACUUGUUUCUGUAUUUCUUCCUCAGGAAGGGCGUGGUAGACACACUUUUGGCCCAUGUCUGUUGUUGCAGACUGAGAGGUGAUGAUGUAGUGUCAACCUGAUCUGGUUUAGGCUCUGCUGUGGGACACUGUGUGUUAACUGUGUCGCGAAAUGUGUGUUAACACCGAACAGCUUUGGGAUGGAUGUGACAUGAUGUACACUUUGUUGCUUCAAACAUCAUGUGACACUUUGUUGCCAUAUAUUAUGAUGCUUCAGAAAUACAGGGCAAAAUUAAAGUUGUGCUUUGUCAUCACUCGCAGCUCUACGACCUUUCAUACAAUGUUUUAUGGUGAUAACAAUCAGCCACACCUGUUUUCUUAGCAUAAAAAUAUGCAGACUUGUAAAAUGUACCUCAUUUGUCAAAUUUAUACCAUUUGACCUGCACACACACAGACUCCCUCUUUCUCUCUCUUUCACACACACACACACACACACACACUGUAUAUAGUUACAUUUAGUAGAUAUUCUUGUUUAUAUCUUUGAUGUCUUUUUAAUAAAUGUUUUAUAAAAUA